AUGCCAACAAGAGAAGUCAGGGACACAAAUAGUGUUACCAGAAAUCAAAAGAUAAUUCAAGAAAAGGUAGUCCCAUCUUCACAGUAUCAGCUUGCAACCAUUCCACAAUUAAAAUCACAAUUUAAGGAAACAAGCUUUGAUAGAAUCCUUCAGGGACAAGAACUCCGCGCCAAUGAUUCCUAUUUCUUAGUGACUGUCAAAGCUGGGAUCCCCCUUCUUAAUUUUCGUUGUAAAAAUACUUUGUUUAAAACUAUUUUGAAGGAUGAGCUCAUUUCCAGAAAUAUAACAUAUGAUCAGUACCGGAAAGGAAUCACGAAGGAUCUAGAUAUUGAGAAAUUGUAUGAAUUGUGUUCUAUAGAUCCACAGAGCUCAAUAAGAAUCCACGAAUCCGAUUUCAGCGAUUUUAAGCUGGAUAUUUUGAAAGAGAUUUCAUCAUACAGACUUAGUGAUGAGGAUAAUGCCACCAAUGAGAACCAAAUAUGCCCUAAAUACUACAGUAUAGGACCCGAAAGCAUUGAAACAUUCGAAAAUUACUUUAACAAUGAAUUCUGUUACUCAUUACGUGCAAGAAUGAAGCAAAAAAGAAAGUUAUACGGUGCUGAAAAGAAUGUGGAGAAGCUGGAUGAACCAUUUUUCGACACUAGGCUUUCUUUGGAUGAGAUAUUUGACAAGAGUCGGUACCGACUUGAAAAAUCAUAUCAAGAAGAUCACUUUGAAGAAUCCAUCGAAGAAUCUUGCUAA